CAGUCCCUUUUUCACAUUGCAAAUAAUUUUUAUUGUUUAUUUUUCUUUUAAAUAAAUGCUUAAUAUAAUUGUAUAUAAAAACACCAUGAAGUUAAACAGAGCUAUAAAAUUAUAGUAAAUAGAUCGUGUUACGAAUUACGAAAUGUGUCAGAUUACAGUUAAAAAUCUGUGGAUAAAAUAAUAUUGUGAAUCUCUAAAAGUCUAAACAGUUGCAGAUUGCAUUGAAUUGCAAUGUUGCGGAAAACUACCUACUUAUUAUAUUAUGUAGGAAAUAAAUAAUCAAAAAGUCUCAUCAUCAUGCAAGAAGAAACUGAUAAUAAGCAAUAUUUGGAGUUCGAAGUGAAAAUUGUAAAACCGGAUUUUAUAAAAAUUGAGCCGGUCGAGAAUGAGAAGGUUUCUGUCAAAACCGAACAGGAAGAAACCAACAUUGUUCAAGAACAAGAACCAGAGAUGGUUUCUGUCAAAAUAGAACCAGUAGAGGAACCGGUUACUAAAGCUGCAGAAUGUGAAGAUCUCCCUAUUAGUAACAUGUUGGAGUGUGUGAUAGCAGAGGGGAAAGAUGAUCACUCUAGGAUAGCCGGCAAACAGUCAAACUCAAACACAAAAAGUCCAGAUAGCAAAAAAGAAGCAAAGAAGAAUACAAUCCAAUCUUCGUGUAAUCCUAAACCACAGACAAAAAUUCAAAUCAAGACUUUUGCUUGUGACGUUUGCGACAAACGUUUUCACCGAGUCGACAGGUUAAACGCCCACAAAACGAGACAUACAGGCGAAAAACCGUUCACAUGUGAGAUGUGUAGUAAGAAGUUUACUACAACAAACGCGCUCAAAGUGCACAGAAGGUUGCACACGGAAGAGAAAAAAUUCACCUGCGACGUCUGUAGUAAAAAAUUCUUUGUCCUCGGCGAUUUGAAACGACAUAUCACAAUACAUAGCGAGGAGAAACAUAGUUGUGAAGUGUGUAGUAAACAGUUUACUACUCCCGCCGCUCUGAAACGUCAUAGACAGUUGCAUACCGAUCCGAAUCAGUACACCUGCGAAGUGUGUAGUAAAUCUUUUACUACGGACACAUAUUUGAGAACACACAUGCUUAUUCAUACGGGCGAAAAGCCGUACGUUUGUAGUUUUUGUAGUAAAUGCUUCACUACGUCCGCCUACUUGAGAACGCACAUAAUAAUCCACUCAGAAGAAAAGCAGUACACAUGCGACGUUUGUAAUAAAAAAUUCGCGAAGUCGAACUAUUUGAAGCGUCACAAACUCAUGCAUUCGGGCAUCAAAAAGUACGCGUGUGACGCCUGCGACAAACGUUUCAAACUCAUCGACCAUUUGAAAGCGCACAAACGUACACACACAGGCGAGAAACCGUACAAAUGUGACGUUUGUAGUAAAAGAUAUCGGAGUAUAGGUAACUUGAAGUCCCAUAAGGCGACGCAUACGGGUGAGAAACCACACGUUUGUGACGUCUGUGGGGUUAAGUUCAGUCUGAUUGUGAGCCUGCGGAGGCAUAUGAAGCUGCAUACCGGUGAGGGUCUGCACACCUGCAACCUUUGCUCCAGGAUGUUCAUACAGCUAGCCAACAUGAAGAGGCAUAAAUGCCAAUAGAAGAGUAUUUGCCCCAUCAAAUCAGAGUAUCAACGCCUCCGUGGUUCAGUGGC